AUCGGUGGACGAAAAGAAGGUAAUCUGAAGGAAACUACAAUUUUAAAGUUAACAAACUAUUACAGAAAGGCCAUAAAAGAUAACAUACCGGAUAUAGACAAAAUGAAAUCUGCAAUUUAUGCAAGCUUACUACACUGUUCAUCUACUGAUGUCUCACCAAAACAUUCGAAAUGUCCUACCGGUACGUUGUCAUGGUGUUUUUAUCAACGUGCAGUAGCAAAUGAAGAGCAGCCGAAAGCACAUAAAGCCAUGAAAACUAAAGUAUCUGAAAGUGUUCUUUCUCAAAUAUUGCCAAUUUAUCAAAGGCUAGCUAGCACAGAAUUGCUGUCCAGAUGCAUUUCUGGUAAAACACAAAAUGCUAAUGAAAGUAUCCAUAGUUUAAUUUGGAACAAUUGCCCUAAAGAAGUGUUUAUUUCUAAAAAAAGGCUAGAAAUGUCAGUAUUAUCAACAAUUAAUGAAUUUAACUUUGGUUGUGUAAAUGCCAUAAGCGUAGAACAGGAAGAAGUGAACUCGUUUUCCCUACUCAUUGCAAAAAAGCGCGAUCAGCGUCGCUUGAACCAAAGUAAAAAGAGAAGUUUACCUGCAUGGAAAAAACACAGAAAUAGUAAAAAAUAUUGUAAAUCACUAAACGAUAAUGCAAUUGUAGCAAAUGAAGGUAAAACAUAUGGUGCGGGUGAUUUUUAAAAAUUUCAUUGGGUAUACGGCAUAAAUUGUUUUUACCUGUAUAACUUCGAAUCACCUAGCAAUUUGUCAUAUGUUUAUUUUUGUCAUAUUUAAUAUUAUGAGAUUAAAAAUAGUUAAAUCUUACAAAAAUGUUAUCGAAUGUUUACAAAUUUAUAUUCAAAGUUAAUUUGCUGUUUCUCAUGAC